UUUAAUUAUUAUCAAAAAAUAUAUUUUAUAACAUUUAAUUUUAGUAACGUUAGUUAUUUCUUAAAUUGUAACUUUUUGUACGUAAUAAUUUCAUAGACAAUGGAUAUUUAUUGAAUUUAAAAUUUUCGUAAGGAGGUUAAACAUCUAAUUUAGAAUUAAUAUACUCAACAAUGUGAAUAAAACAAUAAAAACCAUUGUUAUCUUUACAACGUAUUAAAUACGAAUUAAUGAAUCGUGAAACAAAAACUGAAGGCAGAUAGAUACUUAUUCCACUCAUGUUGAUAACAAACGAAGUUACCGAGACCUUGUCCGUUUUGCAUCAUAAUCUGAUCACAUAACAAGUACAAUAACAUUAAGUUUCCACAAUGCAUCAGAAUAAAUAAUUAUCGAUUUUAUUACAGUUUGCAAUCAUUGUUCCCAAUUAUGUUUUGAAUUAGAAUGCAUGCUGUAAGACUAGCGUGCUCCCGUUGCGUGCGGCCCGCCCAAACACUGACCGACUCGCGUGACUAUACGCAUAACAUUAAUAGAGCUAACCUCUUUCCAUAAUAUCCCUGUGAUUAGCGCGUGUGAUACACUCGCUCCAGCGUCGCGUAGUCUGGCAAUGUCAUCUCGUAUCGUUUCCGAAUGCUUCGCCUUUUACUCGCGCAUCCCCCCGACAUUAUAAAAGAGUGGCGUCUGCGCCGCGCGCCCGCAGUCUACAUCGCGACUCCGAGCGAGCACCGCGCUCCUGUAAUGCAAUAGUGUGUCUCACAUCACGCCGACAUGGAGGGGACCCCUCCCAGCCACGGACUGCCCGAGCCCGACGAGGGCAUCGCCCACGACCGCCGCCCAUCCACCGACGACCACGCCGACCUGUCCGACUCCGCCUCGGACACGGGCUCCGGCGGCGGCAAGGACUCCGGCUGCGAAGUCACCGCCGAACAGCAGGAGCCGCCCUACACGCCGCCCGACGACGAGCUCGCGCACAGGAUCGUCUCGCAGGUCGAGUUCUACUUCUCCGACGCCAACAUCACCAAGGACGCCUUCCUUCUGAAGCACGUCAGGAGGAACAAGGAAGGGUACGUGUCCCUUAAACUGAUCUCCAGCUUCAAGCGAGUCAAGCACCUCACUAAGGACUGGAGAGUGGUCGCCGAAGCACUCAAGCGGUCUACAAAGUUAGAAAUUAAUGAAUUGGGAACAAAACUACGCAGGAUAGACCCGCUUCCGGCGUACGAUGAAACUACACCGUCUAGGACUGUGGUGGCCGUGCGGAUGCCCAUCGAGCGUCCCUCCGUAGAGAAUGUGUCGCGGCUGUUCGCGAGCUGCGGCGAGAUAGCGCUCGUGAGGGUGCUGCGCCCCGGCAAUCCGGUGCCUGCGGACGUUCGUCAGUUCCUCAACAAGAACCCUAGUUUGGUUAAUUGUGUGUGUGCGUUAGUUGAGUUCACUGAAUCUGAAUCAGCGAGAGAAGCGCUGCGCCUUCAGAACCCUGAGGACGACGGCAUGAGAGUGUAUGAGUUGAACGGUGUCCCUAGAGAGCCCAAGAGGAAGGCCCCAGCGCGCCGGCCGCCGCCGCGCCGCCACGAGUGCGAGUACUCGUCGUGCUGCAGCGGCUCCGAGGCGGAGUACGACUACCGCUACGGGACUCCGUACUACCGGCGGAACUCGAGCGGGUUCUUCGCGCCGCGCUCGCCGGAGAUCCAGACGUGGGUGCCGCGGCGGCCGUCCACGUGCAGCCACAGCUCGGACUCGGGCGUGUCGUUCUACUGCAGCUCGCGGCGCCUGUCGCAGGCCAGCUCGGGCAGCGCCAGCAGCGGCGAGGGCUGGCUGGCGCGGCGCCUGUCGGGCUGCUCGCUGGCGGGCGCGGACUGCGGCGGCGGCCGGCGCCUGUCGUGCGCGCCGCGCCUGGAGCCGCGCGCGCCGCUGGUCCCCGACGGCACGCGCGGCUUCCACGCCGCCGCCCGCCAGCGCCGCAUCUCGGACCUCGCGCUCUACUCGCGCUAGAAAGCGCGCGCCAACCGUGACACCUUUCUAAUCACGUUGGAUAACCGCCUUUCACGUUCUGGCCGCUGGUUUUUUUAAUCUAUUUCGCACGAGGAAGCAUCGCGUGUGUUCCGCGAAGUUUUCCUCGCGUUACAAACUGAGUUACCUUCUCGAACGAUGUGAUCAUAAGCUCAUUUAGUUUUAAGAAACGGAACGCUGUGUUUAGUUUCGUAAAUCACUUAAACAUGUAAUUUAUUUAGUACAUUGUAUUUAUGAUUCGCGUAAUUUAUUGCGUAUGCGCGCGCGUCGCGGUCGAGUUUUCAUUUCGAGUUAUGUCAGAGUUGUGGGCACAAACCGAUCACGCAAAAUCGACAUUCAUGCGAUUGUAGACUCUGUGUAAGAGAGCUGCUCGCGCAGUGAGAUGUGGGCCGGCUGCGUGCCGCGCGGGAGAGCGAUCUCGCCGUGAAAGGGGACCGCGGGCAACACUCCAUCAGCUGUUGCUGGCGCGCUGAGUAACAGAGCGCGUGCUGCUGUACUAUGUGUUACGUAACAGAUUGCGCACAUUCUCAGCUUCCUGUGAGAGCCACAGCCUCUGUUACUCCUCACAUCUAGCAAGAGAGCCGCGACGCGUAUGGCUAACAAUUUUUCAACAUUUUUGUACAUUUAAGUCAUUUUUUAACUUAAGUCAGUCGCCAUUUCAUGUUAACUGUCGUUGUAAGUCUCGUCGUUGUAAGAUACAUUGUGAUGAAUAUGUAGAUAUCGGGUUGCGCAACCCUCACUUUCUUGUGCGGUUUUUUUUAAUUUAUUUUUUUAUCGAGCAGAGGAACGUUGCAUGCGUGUAACGGCACAACUAUUUCGCUUUUUAUUAUUAGUAGCGCUGUGGCUUUUCUAUUGAACGUUCGUGCCGUAUAAUAAUUAAACUAGAUCUAAUUGCUGGUGCGCCGUUCAAUACAAAAGUCACACAACCUCUGUAUAUUGUAAUGAAACUUGAGAUGAUUUUAUUUUAAUGAUAAUUAUAAGAUUUUUGGAGAAA